AUGUCUGCCUUAACAAGAAAUUCAUCUAAUCCACCACCAUACUUCUAUGAUUUAAAUCCACAACAACAAAAGAAUUGGAUGAAAACUACUCGUCGAAUGGAAAAAAACGAAGAACUACGGGCAGAAUAUCCGCCUUUUCAAUCACCAUCAAAUUUUACAAUUAUUCAUCUUCACCAUUAUUCAUCAAUCGAAACAGUAGAAGAAUUAAUAAUGAUGGCAAAAACAACACAUAUAUAUACAAUCGACACAGAAUCACAAGUAAUAAACAAGGUAGCACAAGGUGCUCUUGUACAAAUUCAAUUUAUUCAUUCAAUUCACGAAUCAACAUUAAUAUUAAUUGAAAUGUUUUACUUACCAAAUCAAAAUUCAUUGUUAUUCAAGAAAAUUAAAGAACUUUGUGCAAUUAUAUUUCGUGAAGAAAAUAAAAAAAUUACCUGGGGACCAUUCGACAAUGAAUUUAAAAAUUUUCAUUCAUAUGAAUUAUUUGAAAAAGGUAAGAUUAAAAAUACAAUAAAUUUACAGGAUCGUUUUAGUGAUUGGUACAACAAACCUCCAAAACAAAUUUUGAAUGUAACACCAACAAUACCAUUACUUAUGAUGAAUAUUAUUGGUGAACAACAACAUAUAACAAUAUAUUAUUCAAGUUAUCUUAAUACAUUUGGUGAUAUAUUUGAUAUUCAUACGUCAAUUGAUAAAGCUAAUGAAGAAGAAUUAGAUAUAAAUGAUCAUUGCUAUAAUUUUAUAAAUAUAAAAGAUAUUGAUCAAUAUGUUUUUGAAACUCAAUCAAAAGAAAAAUUACGUUUAUGA